AUGGUGGGAUUAGACCAGAGGAUGUCCUCCAGUCCCAAUCGCGGGUCGAAAGUACCCGGCAGUCGGCCAACAAGCAAGGAUGGUUCAAAGAAGAAUAUUUGGUCCUCGCUACUCGAUGGCGUCGCCAAUGGAAAGCGCCUACCUGAAAAGAACCUUCUGAUCCUGGGAGGUACACCUGAAAGCCAGAUUGAAUUUCUGGAGACCUUCUCAGCAGAUACAUCAGCCGACCCGAACUUGGUGAAUGGGAAACGGAAGGGGAAGACGCCGCCAAUUGCCAAUCAAUUUGCACUUGGAUAUACAUAUCGAGAUGUUCUCGAUGCCGACCAAGAAGAUACUCUGGCGCGUGUAUCUGCCUACCUCCUGUCUGAACCCUCUCCGUCAUUUGCACCUCUUCUCAAGCCACUCCUGACCCCUCAAUCUGUACCGGAAACCUUGGUCGUCAUUCUUAUGGACUGGUCGGAUCCAUGGACAUGGAUUCGGCGACUAAGAGAAUGGGUUCGCCUUCUCCGCUCUGUCCUGGUCUCUCUCGACGAUGAUACAAAGAUCGUGAUGGAGGAGACCAUGACGGAAUGGCGCGAUCGUAAAAGAGGAAUGGAUUCCAGCGCGGGAGCUGCGGGGAACUUGCCAAAUUCUGGGGGACCCGUCACAAUACCCUUGGGGCCUGGCGAAUGGGACGAAGGGCUGGGAAUCCCAAUGUGUGUGGUUUGUCAAGGAGCGGAUAAUAUCGAAAAACUGGAGAAAGAACAUGGCUGGCACGAGGAACAAUUCGAUUUUAUCCUUCAGUUCCUGAGGACAAUUCUGUUGAAGCACGGCGCUUCGCUCAUUUAUACCACACCUUUCCAUGCCAACUCUUUGCAGAGCCUAAUCCAUUCAUCCCUGGGUAUACACUCUCUCUUGAAACGACAGUCAUUAAAACAUAAUGUGAUCGACCGAGACAAGAUCCUCGUACCUGCCAACUGGGACUCAUGGGGCAAGAUCCGGAUUAUUCGCGAAGGAUUCGAUAUGGAAGGAGCCUCAACUGCCUGGUCAAUUGAGAUCCAAGACCCCCCUGAGCCUCUUGGCCAGCCUACAGAUGCUCAGGAAAACGAGCCAGAGGAGGAUGGCACAAGUGCUGUUACUGUGUUCGAGCAGACUAUCAAAGAUCCCAAACGUGACACAACCAUCGCCCAUCCAAGCACCACCAACAAUGGAACUAAAAUCGAAGUCGAGACUUCUGAUUUGCAAGGGUUCCUUACACAACAGCUUGAAAUGCUCGAACAGCUUAAGGCCAAGGAUGAGAAAGACCGUGCGAAUGAACCGGUACCAACACUAGAAAUGUCGCCGAUGGAUGACCAGGGCCGAGUCAACGAGCACAUUGGUCCCGUCCAGUUUAACAUGGGUGGUAUCCAAGUGGACGCAGAUGACAUGCUGAAGAAGCUACGGGACCGCGAAGCCAGUCGUGCUCAGCGGAAGGAGGGCCCUCCAAACCCAGGAGACGAGAAAGCCCACAACCAAGCUUUGGCAAAUUUCUUCGCCGGUCUUGUCAAGAGGCCUGGCUCCAGUCCUCGUGGAAGCCCAUCCUCGUAA